CUUUGCGGGAGCCGCCUUUGGUUGCUCCCACGUGCAGUUCAGCUCGUUGAAUCUUAACGAGCUUACAUCGAGAGGUAAUUGUACGUUUUCUGCGUCCAGAAGAUACUCUUUAAAAAGAUUUCGUUUGGACAAUAAAGUUAUCGAUUGAUAAUAGCGAUCGAGUCGAGCAGCAGAAGUGAGAAAAUUUAAGAGAAUCAUGCGCAAUGUUUAUCACGAAAAAUGAAGCAAAGUCAGAUAUUUAUCAAGCGUUCCUCGAUACGUCGAUUUGAAACAAUUUAAAAUACGACAGUAGACACAGCAAAGAACUUACAGGAGUGAUGGUUCGAUAACUAUUAUAUAUACUGAAAGGAUCGAUGCGAAAUCGUUGCUAAGAAACAUAUAUUUUUAUCCGAGAAAGAGAGGAAAGUCGAAUAAGGAACGAAAUUACGAUGGGGCUCAACGCGGAGCUUACUGCUAUUCUUCGAGAUGUAGUGCAAUUUUUGGAAUGUCUCCACGAUGUAAAACUCCCAUUGAAAUUAGAGAACGUUCGAGACAAUCUAUUGGUACGUUCGAAAGAUACGCUAACGAAGUUCGUAAUAGAGAGAAUCGGAAGAUCGGCAUCUCCAGAACCGUAUUUAAAUAUGAACGCAACCGGAUCGAAAGGUUUGAUGGCAGCUACACUGAAAACGGAAACCGAGCUUCAAGAAUACGUAGGAGCAGAGGAAUACCAUGAGAUGCAAAAGCCACAGCAACAACAAGAUUAUUACGAGACCUUUCAGGGUGUUGAAUCGACGAAUAAUACUAUUGUACUCUCGACUCGUGAAACGAUCGAUAAUAUUCAAAAUAAAGGAGAAGAGGUUGAAAAUACGCUGAUGGAUAUUUACGCGAAUUUCUCAGCAACGGAAACGAAAAGUAAAUGUAAGAUAUGUGGCCCUCUUUAUAGGAAGGAAGGAAAGAAGUUGUUCGUUUUCGAACAAUAUAGAGCUUGUUGGGUUGGUUUGGUUGGAUUGCAUCUAUUAAUUUACGGAAACGAUCGUGACAAUCGACCGUGCACGAUUUUACCAAUUCAGGGCUACAUGGCACGAGCUGCUCCAAAUGCGAUUCCUCGAGACCAACGUCGAAGCGAAUCUACUUUUGAGAUUUUCCGUCCUGGUAAUAGAACUUUCCAGUUUUCUGCAAAAACUCGGAAGGAUAUGGAACAAUGGGUAACGAAAAUUUGUGAAUUAGGAGGCGAGAAGAACGAUUAUAAAGAGACAACGAAACAAAUGGACACGAACAUUGUCGCAAAUGGUGCUAUCAAGCAACCGAAUGACCAAGAAGACUCGAGUUGCAGGCAAGAGCUUCCCGAUAGAUCUUCGACCGAUCCAAUCGUUGAUCGAUCUAAUGAAGAUACUAAUGAAGGAAGAGGACUGGAUGAUUCUCACGAAUCGGCCAAUCUUUCUAUUCCUUCGCCUGCCACUGGCCCUUCCGAAGCUAUCGUUUCUAUUUCUUCUCGACCACAUUCCUCAACUCCUCCUCCGUUACCAGCUCGAAUCUCCCGAAAAUUACCAAUCCCGUCCCCUCAACAUUCGUCUUACGAACUUCCCGACGAAGAGGAAGACGACAUUUACCAUAAAAUCGAAGAUUUUAGAGAGACGAUACAAUACGCAAACAUCAAAAACAAAAAUGAAUCUGAUGAAAAAGGGAAAAAAGGAAAUAUCGAAAUUGUUACGAAAAAAUCAAUUGGCUCGCGAAACGAAUUAACGUAUGACGAUACCAUCGAUAACAUUACAGCGUUGAAAGAUAAAGUUGUAGACGAACAAAGUAAAUUUCUAUCGUACGAUCACGGCGAGACUGUAAUUCGCAACUCAAAAUCGAUCAAGGUUCGAACAACGGAGAAAGUGGAGGAAUCGGCAAAGUCACCGCAAAAGAAAUCGUUUUUGGACAGAGUGAGAAGUAAAAAGGAAUCUCCGAGAAAAACUGAGAAAAAGACCAAGUAUAAAACUGCGACCUCUCCAUCGCGGCCGCCGGCGUCGCUCUCGCAACUUUCAUCGUCAUUGGCAAACAAUCACGAAUCAUCGAGUUACUAUGAUGACGUAUCCGAGUUGAUAAAUGUUGAGCAAGAAAUUAACCGUUUCGAGGAAGGACAAUCAGAGUAUACUUGUCCACCUCCUCCCAGACCGAUCUAUGUGAAACCACCGAUAGUCGAAAAUGUAACCGAUGCGGAUGAAUUUUAUGAUGACGUCGCGUAUCGCGAUAAAUCACAUCAAACAUGUUCAAUGAAUUUACAGCAAAUUACAAAGAAAUCAAAUCUCUUUCACAAUCUCGCUCGCACGGAUGCUGAUCGGCCUGCUUUCUGCGAGAAUUUAGACGUCUCGCAACAAUCAUUCGAAGAUAACGAGCAUUAUAAAAUGCCACGACCUGAAUCGCAUUAUCCUAGAUGUCUUCCUGUUGAUCAACAAAUUGACGAUUUGUAUGACGACGUUGCUAUACUAGCAGAGUUUACGGCACGACAGAAGGAAGUUCUACAUAACAGAGAUAACGAAAACGCAAUAAGAUCGCAAAUCAGUCCCGAAAAAAAAUCGUGGAAUCGAUUUGUUAGCGGGAAAAGAUCAAAAACGGUUGAUUCAACGGUUACCGAAACGAAUGGUCGAGUUUUAAACGAGACAGAGGAUUCAUCGGAUGACUUUGGCGAACUACACAAUUCUUCGAGAAUGAAUACCUUUCAAAAAUUGAUUAGUAGGAUGGAAAACUCUCUUGGCAAAGCACCCUCUAGGACAACAUCGUCGAUAUUAUUAAAUAAAACAAAUCUCACAAAAUAUGUGUAGCAAAAAAAAAUAAUUCGAAAAGAAACGUGUAUUUACAGUUCACGUAUUCAAAUAUAUGACCAAAGAAAUAAUACGUUAGUAUAUUUAAAAGUAAGUAGUAUAUUUCAAUAUAUGUGUAUUAAUAAGAAUCUUUUAUUUUUUAAAAUAAAUAACAUUCUUUGACUUACA